UCCUGUGUUGAUUCAGUAAGGGACGCAGCAUUUUAUUUAUCGAGGCGUUAUGAUCCGGUACUAUAAGGGACGGGUGGCAGCCCUACUUGUGGACCAUUAGUAGCUAUAUGUGCAAAGAAAGUUGACUGGGCUAGUUUUACCUUGUCAUUUCCUUACAGUUUGUCACUCUUAUUACCAAAAAUAUAAACAUGGUGCAGGUCCAAUGACUAGAGCUGGGGCUUUUGUGGUGACUAUUAAUUACAUGCCUAUGUAAGGCAAUGCUUUUUAAAUUAAAAUUUACCGUUCUUUAAGUGGAACAGUAUUAUUUUUUUCUUGCUAGAAGCAAGAGAAUAUGUUUCAUUUUUUCCCAUGAUGUUGUAUCACUGUGUAUGUCAUAUUGAAGCCUUCAGAGAAAUGUACAAAAUAGGUUCCCAGUAAAACAUCGCUAAAAGCAAACUUGACGGGUCUCACCAAAUGUGAACGUACUCUACACUUUUUGUGAGUGUUUGCAGAGCAUGAGUGAUCCAAAAGGGAGCAGCAAUCUUUCAGCCGGAGGUCAUGAGGAGCAGGGUUCCAGUGAGCUGGAGGAGCCCAUCUAUGCAUUAGCUCCAGAGGCUGAUUCACAGGAAGAACAUCCUAACCCUAUCUCAGCCAGUCCAGCCCUGCAGUGUCUGGAGGAGCUCUUCGCACUGGGGAAGAUCAGUGGGGAUAAAAUGGUGCGACUAAAGGCCAGUUUCAAUCUUCUGCAUGCCACCCUGAGGAGUUCUCAAGAGUCCGAGCUGAAACUACUGCAGGAGGAGAAGCACUUCCGCACUGAGCUGGAGCAUCAGCAGCAGGAGCUGGAGAAGGCCGAGCUGUUCCCAGAUGGCCAGGACACAGAAACCAGCCACAUGAGGAAGCAGAUCCUCCAGUUCCACAACGAGCUCCGAGCGGCCGAGGAGAGGGAGUACCAGAUGCAGUACCAGCUCGACUGUCUGCAAGAGGAAAAGAUUUGUCUUGAGAAAGACUAUGGGAGCCAACUCAAGCCUGUAGAUGAAGAGAAGAAGUACAUGGCCCUGAAGGAGAGCUGUGAGGAGAUGAAGAAGGAGAUUGCCCAGCGGCGGGAGGAGAUCAGGGGUUUAGCCGAAGACCUGGAGGCCCGCACCAAACAGCUGCAGAAGGAGCAGCAGGAACUAGAGGACAAGAAGGGGAUGAUCGAGAGCAGGGAGGCUGAACUGGCUCAGCUGCUCUCCAUGCAUGGUCAUCUGGGGAAAGAGAUUGAGAGAAUCACACGCAAAAAGAUGGACGUGGAUACACAUAAGGCUGCGCUGGAGAAACAGCUGCAAGACCUGGCGGAGGUGAAGACGAGGAUGCAGGUGCAGUGCAGGCAGCUGGAUGAGGAACGGCGGGCCGUGGCGAGGACACUGGAGGGCCACAGGGCUCACGUUGAGGUCAUACAGAGGGAGAACAGCAUGCUGCUCAAAGAGAUGGAAAUGACCAAGGAGAAGGAGACCGUCCUCCUGGGACAGAGAGGCGUGUUGGACAUCAACCUGAGCCACAGCAUGGUGGAGAGGAAGACCCUCCACGAGACCCUGGCACACCGGCUACGAGAGAAGGAGAGGCUGCUGCGGCACCUCAAGAAGAUGCAGCUUAAGCUGAAGGUGGCCAGAGACGCUCUGCUCCACACGCAGGAGCACUACAACCAAACCAAGGCCCAGAGGGAUAUAAUGCCUGGGAAUGAUGACUUGCUACGGAAAAUGAAGGAUCUGCAAAAGGAAGUAGACAGCCUCAAACUGAACUUAGUUCAUCAGCAGUCAGUAACAGAUGCUGAGGUCCAUGUGGUGCAGCAGUGUGUAGAGCAGGAGCAGGCUCUGAUAGGGGAGUCUAAUCGGCGCCGAGGGCAACUGCACCACCUUCAUGCCCUGACGCACAUCAAAGCAGACGAGAGAGAUCAGAAGAGCCGCGAGCUGCUCAAAGCUCAGUUAAGAUACAGCCGAAUCAAACAGGAUGUGCGGGGCAAACAGCUACAGAUUCUGGAGCACAAGAAGCAGUACCAGGACAUUCAGACACGACUGAGCGUGUCUGCCAAGUUGUACGACAUUGUCAAGCACAAGCGGAACAAGUGUGUGAACCUGAUCCAGACUGCUACCCAGCGCAUGGUAGAGAUGAGGGAGAAGUUCAAAAUCCUGGAGAAUGAGAUUGAGAUCCUGCGCACCACUGCAGUCAAUAAAGACAGGCUGCUGCAGAAGGCCCGUCUGAAAGGUGUCCACAGCCAUGCGAUCAGGGACAGCGUGAAGAAUGACAUCUCCAAAGUGGCCUUGGCACUCCAGGAGACGCGGCGGCAGAGAGAUGAGCAGAAGCUAAACAUAGACCAGCUUACAUACACCAUCAAUGCCCAGAAGCAGGAUCUGCUGUGCAUGCGCCAGAGCCACGCCACCGUCAUCCAGAGCUGGAAAAAGCGGAGUGCACAGCUGUUGAAGAGAGAGGAGGAGAUGCAUAUCUAUUAUGAGAAGGUGAAUAUGCAAGAGUGUGUGAUCCAGGAGGGCUCCCUGGAGAUGCAGGCCAUAGAAGAGGAGAUCCGUUCCCUCACAAUGCUCAGCAAUGAGGAGAGGAGGAAAGUCAACCUGACCAAGAAACAGGUGUUGUGCAAGAGAGUUCUGGAGGAGCAGUGCACCUUACUGCAGAUUCAGCUGUCAGAGUGUAAGGACUGCAUCAUUGCCCUGGGGGACCAGGAUCUAGAGGAACGAUCACAAAAGCUGAUUGGUGAAGAUCCAUCCCCUGUAGAGCUCAUUAAGAAGAUAGAACAGUUGGAGGUACAGUUGGCAGAGAGAGAGGCCCAGCUGCUGGAGAAGGAGCUGGUUUAUGAGCAGGUAACCCAGUUGUCGGAGCGCAUUCGCACCAAGGCAGAGAAUGGAAAGGAAGACACACUGAUACUGGCAAAGAAGGUGAACGAGCUCCAGGGCCGCAUCAAGGAAUGCACCAGGCAACUGAUGGCAGUGGUGGCAGAGCUGGCCAUGUGGCAGGCGCAGGCACUGUGCCUGGAGCAGGAGCUGCGCACGCGGGAGCAGCAGCUGGAUGCGGGCCGCUGCAGGCUGGAGCAGGGCCUGCCGCCCUCCAACACCAUCGAGCACGAGUGGCAGCGCUGCCUCCGUCACCAGUGCAGAAGGCAGGCAGACGCGGAAGAGCGAGCCCGGAUUGCUCAGGAGGAAGAAUGGAGUCAGCACCCAAACGGAGUGUACACCACAGCAGAGUCCCGACCCAAUGCUUACAUCCCAGCUGUGGGCUCCCUGCCCCUCCCCAAGCCCUACGGUGCUCUGGCCCCCUUCAAACCCAGCGAGCCCGGGACCAACAUCCGACAUAUCCGCAAACCUCAACCCAAGCCCAUUGAGAUCUAGAGCUCCAUGGGAAUGCUGACUGCACACAGUAUAAAUAAAAAUACACUAAAUAACUGUUCUCUUGAACAGUCCUUUUCCUUGGAAAGCCAUCGGCA